UCAAGGGAGAGGGGAAGCUAAGGAAGUGUUUGGUUGAUGGGAAAAUGAGAGAAAAUUGUGUUUGUUUGGAGAGAAAAUGAGAGAAAAUUGGUUUAGGGUUUAUAAGAAAGAGCUGAAGAAAGUGAUGUUGAUAGCAGCUCCAAUGGCUGCCACUACAAUUUUGCAGUAUGCAAUGCAGGUUGUUGCAGUGAUAAUGGUGGGACAUCUUGGAGAUGAGCUCUUGCUUUCUGGAGUUUCCAUUGCUUCAUCCUUCACUAAUGUCACUGGAAUUAGUGUUCUUCUAGGAAUGGCUGGAGCUUUGGAAACUCUAUGUGGGCAAGCAUAUGGGGCACAACAAUAUCAAAAGAUUGGAGUUUAUACUUAUAGUUGCAUGAUAUGUCUCCUUUUAGCCUGUUUUCCAAUCUCUAUAUUAUGGUUCUUCACAGAUAAAUUACUAAUUUCCAUUGGCCAAGACCCUUCCAUUUCUUCCAUAGCAAGAAAAUACUCACUUUUUCUUAUUCCAAAUCUCUUCGCCCAUGCAAUUCUUCAAUCUCUUAUGCGUUAUCUCCUCACUCAAAGCUUAAUCCUUCCUUUACUCUUUUGCUCUUUAGCCACUCUCUCUUUCCACAUUCCAAUUUGUUGGCUUCUUGUCUUCCAUUUCAACCUCAAGGUUGUGGGAGCUGCUUUGGCUCUUGGCUUGUCCUAUUGGCUCAAUGUCAUUUUGCUCGGGCUCUACAUCGUCUUCUCUCCGUCUUGUAACAAGACUCGAGCCCCGUUCUCAAUGGAGGCUAUCUCGAGCAUUGGCAAGUUCUUUCGGCUUGCUAUCCCCUCUGCCGUGAUGGUUUGCUUUGAGUGGUGGUCGUAUGAGAUCAUUCUUUUGCUUUCUGGGCUUUUACCGAAUCCUAAGGUGGAGGCUUCUGUGCUUUCUAUAUGUUUCUCUGUGACUUAUUUGCAUUAUUUCAUACCAUAUGGGUUGGGGGCCACAGCAAGCACAAGGGUUUCAAAUGAACUAGGAGCUGGAAACCCUGAGGCAGCCAAAGUAGCAGUGAAGGUAGUGGGAGUUCUUGGAAUCAUUGAAUCAGUGACGGUGAGUGCAGCUCUGUUUGGGUGUCACAAUAUGUUGGGAUAUGCAUUCACAAGUGACACCCAAAUUGCCAAUCACAUUGCUUCAUUUUGGCCUUUGAUUUGCCUAUCAAUUCUCAUAGAUAGUUUUCUCGGCAUCCUCUCAGGGGUUGCACGAGGUUGCGGAUGGCAGCGUGUAGGGGCAUAUGUGAAUUUGGGAUCAUAUUAUAUAGUUGGGAUUCCAAUGGCGGCUGUGUUAGCUUUUGUGGUUCAUUUGAGAGUCAAAGGGCUUUGGAUUGGAUUGGUUUCAGGAGUUACCCUUCAAUCCUUUCUUUUUGCUCUCAUUACCAUUUUCACUAAUUGGCAUAAACAGGCCUUAAAAGCUAGGGAAAGGGUACUCGAAGAAAAUACGAGACAAAAUUUGUGCCCGACAUCUGAUAGUUCGAUUCAAUUGUAAAACGUGAAAUACUUGUAGCUUCCUCUCAUGGCAUAAUUGUAAUUGAAUCCUCCAUUACCAUUAACGUCUUUGUUUUCUAGUUUUUAUACCUUUUUCUUUUAUAGUUAGGAGUGGAGAGAUUCGAACGGUUAAUCUAUUGGUUGAAGGUAUAUUUUUGAAUCAA